ACUUUUUCUGGAGGGUGUGUCCCACACCCCACCUUCGCCGCCCCCAUCACAAGACCUCAGCAACAAUUCCGGGUCCAUCGAAUCUACGUAUAUCUCCUCCGUAUACGCAAACUGUACCAUUUCAACAGAUUUUUCCCCUCAUGAAUUGUCCUCUCUAAUACUUAGAUUUUGUGCUUGAUAGUGGUAGAAGAGAGAGAAAGAUUGGAAAGAGAGGAGAAUAAAGGAGUGGAAACACGAUUGAUGAUAGACCCAUCUGGUGAGUGCCACAUGCUCGGAUCUUAACGUCUUGUACUUGGGUUUUUUAAGUUGCGUCUAUCAUAUGCUUGGGGGUUUGUUUUGGUUUUUGAUCAUUUUAUGGGUAUGUAAUCGUAGAUGGGCUCUUUACUUUCAAUCCAUAUGCUAAGAUCGUAGAGUUUGGUGUUUGGUUUUAUAUAUGCCUAGGUUAAAUUUUUGUUGUUGCUUGUUUGAGAUGAUGGGUCAUCUUUACCUUUCGGAAAAACUACCUGGUAUGCGAUUGUUGAUGGGUUCUUUGUUUUUAAUGUAAUAGAGAAUAAUUUAGUGCCAUUUUUGUAUUCUUUUUGUUCGUUUGUUAUAGGGGAAAGUUUUUUGUUUGGGGGGUUUUAUUGUGAGAUUUCCAGGUUUUCAAGAAAGUUGGGUAUUUGGCUUUUAAGCUAAAAAAAAAGGCUUUGUUGUUUGAGGCGUGGGUUGGUUUUGGUCAGGGUUGUAUUGGAUUUUUGUGGGUAUGAGAUGGGUUUGCUAGGCCUCUAUGGUAUUGAAUUUUGAUGGAUUUUUCAGGCGGUUUUCCUUAUUAUAGAAUGAUGUUUUUAAGAAAAUGGAGUAUAAUUUAGCAUUCUGUUUGUUUGUUAUAGGUCAAAUGAUUCUUAUUUAGGGGCUUUAUUGUGAGAUUUCCAGGCUUUCAAGGAAGUGGGGUAUUUGGCUUUGAAGCUAAAAAGGGUUUGUUGUUUGAGGUGAGGAUUGUUAUAGGGUUUUGUGGGUGUGAGAUGGGUUUGCUAGGUCUUUAUGGUAUUGAUUUUUUAUGGGGUUUUCAAGCGGUUUUCAAUCUUAUAGGAUGAUGUGAAAAGUAUGAUUAUUAACAAGUAGAUUUAAGGUUUGAAACUCUUCUUGGUACCUGAUUGUGGCAUGGAACUUUCAAGGGUUCUCUGAUUUUGAUUGUGGUGGCAAUUGGUGUUUUGUGGUGUAAAUGCUCGUUUACUUUAAUGGUUCUUCUGUACUUCUUUAUUGCUCAAUGGGUACAUGGCUGUUUUUUUAACAUUCGGUUGAGUAUACUUUUGUUUUGGUGUCAAUUAAAUAUUGGUUUUGAUUGUUGUAGGAUUAGCUGACUUUUUUAUUAUUAUUUCCAAGUUUUCAAGGAAGUUGGUAUUUGACUUAGAAGCUAGGGGUAUGUUGAGUUUGGUGGGUAGGGUAUGGCAUUUGGUAGGCGUUCAGGCAAUUCUGAAUCUGAUGGGAUGAUUUGAAGUUUUGAUUUUUAUCAAGUAGAUUAAACUUUUGACUCUGCUGAUAUUAUUUGUGGGUUUGAUCUUUCAAGGUUAAUUGGCUACUAAGGGAUUUUGUUUUAUAGUUUCAAUGGUGCUGCGGUUUGAUCGUUAACUGCUUCUCUGUUGAUGGGUUUGAAACAAAUGUGUGUAUGGAUCUUUGCAAAAUAUAUCGGGUUUCUUGCGGAAAAUCUUGAUUUCAGAUCUUCUUCUCAUCAGGAGAAGAAGGAAAAUAAGGGUACUGUUGUUUGUGGUUACAAGGCCUUUUAGGGGUGAGCAUGGAGGGAGAGGAAACUUCUUGGAUAAGGCGAGCAAAAUUUUCUCGCACUGUCUAUCAUGGAUUGGAUUCUGCUAGGUUGGCUUCUAUUCAAAGAGAAAAAAAAUCUGGUGUGAAAUCUAGACCUGGAAAGGCUUCUGUUGAUCCAAAAUCAGAUCCUAUUGUUCCCCAGAUUCAGCGAAAUCCGGCUACAAACCAGCAGAGGUCCAUAUCACCUCUCCCUAAAAUUAAACUUUCUGAUUCGUUUAAGGAAGCUCGAUCAGAUCUGAAGAGAUUCUCCACGCCUAAUCCUCGAAGGAAAGAGCAUGAGAAAAGUAUUAUUGGAAAUUUGUUCCAUCCAUCACGAGCACAUAAUUCAAAGACAAUCUCAAGGAAAAGCCCACUUCGGCAUUUUUCUUCCUUGAAAACUUUUGACGAGAUGAAAACGAGGAAGGAAUCGUCGUGGACAAAGUAUUUUGAGGUUGGAGGUGGAAGGGUUACCUCUGUGGAAACAGCAGAUGAGUGGAUUGUUGAUCUCUCUGAGCUAUAUUUUGGGCCUAAAUUUGCUCAUGGGGCACACAGUCAGCUUUACCAAGGGAUAUAUAAGGAUAAACCUGUUGCAGUGAAAAUUAUACAGAUACCGGAUGAUGACGAAAAUGGAGCUCUGGGAGCUCAGUUAGAGAAUCAAUUCACUAGAGAAGUCACUCUCUUAUCUCGGCUCCACCAUCGAAAUGUCUUAAGGUUUGUAGCAGCAUGCAGAAGGCCACCAGUGUUUUUUAUUGUCACAGAAUAUCUCUCAGGGGGUUCCUUGAGAGCAUACCUCCACAAACUUGAGCACCAGUCUCUUCCCUUACAAAAACUAAUUGCUGUUUCGCUGGAUAUUGCUCGAGGAAUGGAAUACAUUCACUCUCAAGGAGUAAUUCAUAGGGACCUCAAACCUGAGAAUGUUCUUAUUUGUCAAGAUUUCAAUAUGAAAAUUGCCGAUUUUGGAAUAGCUUGUGAGGAGGCGUACUGUGAUCUUUUGGCAGAAGACCCUGGGACCUACCGUUGGAUGGCUCCUGAAAUGAUCAAACGUAAGUUGUAUGGACGGAAGGUUGAUGUGUAUAGCUUUGGACUUAUGCUAUGGGAAAUGGUGUCUGGAACAAUUCCUUACGAGGAGAUGACUCCUAUCCAAGCAGCUUUUGCUGUCGUGAACAAGAAUUUGAGACCAGCUAUCCCUGGAGACUGCCCACCUGCCAUGAGAGCUUUGAUUGAGCAGUGUUGGUCUUUGCAACCAGAGAAAAGGCCAGAUUUUUGGCAAGUAGUAAAGGUGUUAGAGCAGUUCGAGUCUUCACUUAAGCAAGAUGGAACCCUCAACCUGAUCCAAAACCCUUGUCAAGAUCAUAAGAAGGGGCUUCUUUAUUGGAUUCAAAAGCUUGGUCCCAUGCAUUCUCACAGCUCAUCUACGGCCAAGCCUAAGAUCAUUUGAAUCUUCCUUACGGUUUGGUGGCUUCCUUUUCUUUUUUUUUUUAAAUAUACCUUUGCCAGGGCAGAAUGCAAUUAAAGAGGGCUUUUUAAUCCCUUUUUUUUUGGUUGUUUCCCCUAUUUCACUUACAUGCAAACGUCAAUUAAUAGGUUUGGGCAUGCAUUGGUGUGAAAUUGAUUUUCAUCUGCAUAUACAUAUAUAUCGCGUGAUAUGGUCAGAUUUUGAAGAAUUUGCAAGUUGGUUUGCGGCUAGAAGUUCUUUCUGACUUGGGGAUGUGCAUCUGUGUUGGUAUUGGGGUUAGCAAUGUACUAAAAAGAUAUUCUUGUUUUGUUAUCUCAAAUUCCCUGUAUCCCAUAAGGCCAUAACAGUCAUCCAGUUUUGUAAAUUCUUGCUUUGUUGUGAUCUUCGAAAGUCACAAGAGAGUUAGUAAUAUUCAAAUUGCAUUCUUUGACGA